AUGGCUGCUCCCGAGAUUGACGAAGCCGACUCUAAUCGUAUCUCCGAUGAAGAUUUCGCUGACUCACAAAACAAUCUCAAGGGGAACAACGAUUCCAACCGUGGCUCUGACUCAAAUCCACCGUCCAAGAGACAUAUCCUGGAAGAAAACACUCCGGUUACAUAUCAUUAUCUCACAUUUGAUUCUAUCUUGCCACAGCCGUCAACUUGGAAUUCCACAAACCCUUCAGCAACUCCCGCGCCGGCCCAACCGGACCUCAAACGAUACACUUCUCCCUUCGAAUGGGCAGAAAGCCGCAAGAGCUUCAUAGUAUGGCUCAGUUGCAUAGCCACUCUCGUCACGGCAUACGGUGCAGGCUCUUAUGCUCCCGCUGCCCAGCAAAUGUGUGAGGAGUGGCAAGUCGGUGAAGUUGCCAUUCUCGUUGGUAUCACCACAUUUUGCUCGGGAUUCGCAAUUGCUCCUAUGGUACUUGCUCCAUUUUCAGAGAUUAAUGGACGCUAUCCUGUAUUUGUAGCGGCAGGAAUACUGUAUUUUAUCUGUUUAAUAGGCUGUGCCAUCACACGUUCCUAUGCUGGGAUGUUAGUCGCCAGAUUUUGGGUAGGAUGCGGAAGCUCCGUCUUCUCCACGAUGGUUGGCGGUGUUGUUAGCGACCUCUACCAUGCCCAGGACAGGAAUACGCCAAUGGCCCUAUUCUCGGGGACGGCUCUUUUUGGGACAGGCUUAGGCCCAUUGGUUAGUGGCUUCAUUGCCCAGAACACGCAUUGGAGAUGGAUAUUCUGGGUCCAGGUCAUCAUUUGCGGUUUACUCAUUGCAACCGUGACUGUAUGCUUCAAGGAAACAAGAGGAAGUAUCCUCCUGAGCCGGAAGGCAGCUUGUCUGAACAGCUGGUACGAGGAGCGUGAAAAGGCUGGAUACGUUGGCUUCAAUAUUCCUACUUCGUCUGGAUCUGAGAAGACUGAAAGUCAGCGAAUAAGAUGGAAAGUCAAAGCCGACGAGGAGCGCGAGUCGAUCAGCAAAAUGAUUACUAUAUCAGUCUAUCGACCCUUCCACCUCCUGUUUACGGAGCCUGUUGUGUUCUUCUUUUCGCUGUGGGUUUCAUUCAGUUGGGCCGUUUUAUACUUAACAUUUGGUGCCAUACCACUGGUCUUCGAGCGAUCCGGCUUCAGUCUCCAGGAAGCAAAUUCGGUCUUCGCCGCCAUGUGCGUAGGGGCAGCACUCGCAACAGUCCUAUCAAUAUACCAAGAUCGCCUUCUUGAACGCUAUCUGGCCUCCUCGUCCAAGAACAUAAAGAAUCCGAGUCGACUUCGAAGGAGCUUAGACCUUUCAGGCCCCGAAGGGAGGCUCUACUUCGCAUGUAUAGAAUCUGCAUUGCUCCCAAUUGGGCUGUUCUGGUUUGGCUGGACAUCAUUCCCAUCUAUCCCUUGGAUUGUUCCAACUCUCGCCGUCGGUUGUGCAACAAUGGGUAUCUACUCCAUCUACCUGGCGACCUUCAAUUACCUUGCAGACACUUACCACCGCUAUGCAAGUUCCGCAUUGGCCGCUCAGUCAUUCUGCCGCAACAUGCUUGGUGGCAUAUUUCCCCUAGUAACGGUGGCACUAUUCAAAAAUUUGACUUUCCAAGGGGCGGGGAGCUUGUUGGGAGGUGUUGGUGCCUUGUUGACUUUUGUGCCGUGGGUCUUGACAUUUUAUGGUCCAAAGAUUCGUGCGAGGUCGAAGUUUGCAGGGGAGCUCUUGACAGGUUGA